CUCUUUCGUUAUAUAUAGCGACCCAACAUCACUUGUUAUCAUCAUUUACCUUCUGUCUUAGAAAGAGACAUAGAGAGAGAGAAAUGGUAGUAAUGCAAAUUCUUCACAUGAACAAAGGAAAUGGUGAAACAAGUUAUGCCAAAAACUCCAUCGUUCAGAGCAACAUAAUAUCUCUAGGCAGAAGGGCAGUGGACGAGGCCUUGAAAAAACUAAUGUUGAGCAAUUCAGAUAUUUCGAGUCUUGGAAUCGCUGACUUAGGUUGCUCCUCCGGUCCCAAUAGUCUCUUGUCUAUCUCUAACAUCGUAGACACAAUCCAAAACGUGUGUCUUGACCUUGACCGUCCUGUCCCUGAGCUCAAAGUCUCUCUCAACGACCUCCCUAGCAACGACUUCAACUACAUAUUUGCUUCUUUGCCGGAGUUCUAUGACCGGCUCAAGAAGAGAGACGACAAUAAUAAUGAUUGCUUAGGUUUUGACCGCAGAGGAGAAGGACCGUGUUUUAUAUCGGCGGUUCCUGGCUCUUUCUACGGACGUUUGUUUCCUCGCCAGAGCCUUCACUUUGUUCAUUCUUCUUCUAGUUUGCACUGGUUGUCUCAGGUUCCAUGUGGUGAGGUGAGCAAGGAAGAUGGAGUGAUCAUAACAGCUGAUUUAGACAACAAAGGGAAAAUAUACCUAUCCAAGACAAGUCCUAAGAGUGUACAUAAAGCCUAUGCUCUUCAGUUCCAAUCCGAUUUCUUGGUGUUUCUUAGAUCGCGAUCCGAGGAGGUGGUUCCUGGAGGACGAAUGGUCUUAUCGCUCUUAGGUAGAAGCUCACUGGAUCCUACAACCGAAGAGAGUUGCUAUCAAUGGGAGCUCCUAGCUCAAGCUCUCAUGUCCAUGGCAAAUGAGGGUAUCAUCGAAGAAGAGAAGAUCGAUGCUUUCAACGCUCCUUACUAUGCUGCGAGCUCCGAAGAGUUGAAAAUGGUGAUCGAGAAAGAAGGUUCUUUUUUGAUUGAUCGACUUGAGGUAAGUCCUGUUAAUUGGGAAGGUGGGAGUGUCACCGAGGAAAACUAUGACAUAUUACGAUCCAAACCGGAAGCCCUAGCUAGUGGAAGAAGAGUGGCUAAAACAAUUCGAGCUGUGAUAGAGCCGAUGCUAGAACCUACAUUUGGUCAUAAUGUGAUGGACGAACUUUUUGAAAGGUAUGCAAAAAUAGUGGGAGAGUACUCAUAUGUGAGCUCACCUCGAUACGCUAUUGUUAAUAUUUCGCUCGUAAAGAUGGGUUGAUCACUUGUACUUUUUAAUUAAUGGAGUAUUGUAACAUUGUCACUUGCUUCAAGAAUAAAUAUAAAUAAAAUGUGUGAUUUUCAUGGAAA